GCUUCCAAAUCGAGAAACCAUAGCUGUUCUUCAUUUUGGUCGAAUGAUCUGACGUGGAAGGUUCAAGGUUUUUGCUUUGCUGAAGUUAGUUAUACUGAGCGUGCUUCUGAUGUAAAAGAAAACUUUCCGAAGUUUUUUUGCUCGAAAGGAAAAAGCGUUGGCAACGAUCCUGCUGUCAGUUGAACAACCGUUGAUUCUAUUUUUACUCGCCGGGCGAUAACACCAGUAGUAUAGUAGUUAAGGGUACCAGCGUUUCGCACCGCUAACGCUGAUACACAAAUGGACUCUGUCUUCGUCUUCGUCCAUUUUCCCCAACUACUAUACUACUAUCAACCUUGGGCCUUUUUACGGGCCGCUGAUUGCGUUUUAAAUAUACUUAUUAUUCAUUCAAAAUAUUUUCCUGAUUCUGAUUGGCUAAAUGUUCACGUUUAAUUCACCAUAACCAGUUACCGAUGACCAAAUUUGGCGUUUUCGCAGGUUAAGGCACCGUUAACCGAGAAGACUUGGAGACGAGGUUGAGUUGUUUUGCUUGUGAACUUGAAAAAUGGCGGACAUUUCACUCGUUUCAAACGAGUGAACUAGGCGACAUCUGCUCUUUGGAGAAUAUUUGCGGAGCUGCACAAACCUAAACGUGCAGCACUAUCGAAGAUAAACUUAACAUCGAUGGAUCGAUGGAGGUAAGCAUGUUUUAGCCAUGUUUUUAAACUAGGAAUUAUUUUGAAUCAAUAAUAAAACAAUUGUUGAAUUCGGCUUUCGUAUCAUAUGAAGAAUUAUGGAGAUCUCGGAGGGUGUUAUCCGCCUCGGCCUACGGCCUCGACGGAUAACACCCUCCGAGAUCUCCAUAAUUCUUCAUAAGAUACUCAGCCUCAUUCAUUAAUUGUUAAAUAAUAGCGCAUAACAGGAAGUUAGUAAUUAUAGCAGGGACUUUCCCUAACAGCAGGAAGUCAAUAAUGUCAUACAGCAGGUAUUUUCCCGACAAAAUGAGUCAUAGUCUAAUAACCAAACUGAAAAAUAACAAAACUGUGUAGCCCCCACGGUUUUACUGCACAUAAUAAACCUUUUCUCGCGUACGUUCAAUUACCUCUUCAAACGAGCUUUAUAUUAAACUCCAAUUCAAUCUUUUCUUUAAUGUGGAAGGCAUUUUUUUGUCCCCUAUAAGGGGCUUUUUUAUAAUAAUGUCUGUUCUACGCAAUGUCAACUAAACCAACCUUAAGAGGUGUACCGCUUUAAGUCCUCCUUCAAGGCAAAAAGAUUUAAAGAGAUAAUUAAAUAUCUAGCCAAUUUCUUGAAAACCAAACCAACAAAAUUUGCAGUCAUUUGUGUAAAAAAAGCGUCAAAAGGCACGUUUCUUAAGCCCGAGAAGCUCCAAAAUGAAAGUAACGAAAGAAAAGGAAAGGAGACAAGGAAAAGCGAGGAGAAGGAAAGGAGGAGAAGAAAAAAAAAGCAAUGGUUGCACUCUUAGGUUUUAUAAGAGUUACACUGGAGAUGGCACACUUUGACAUAUUGGCAGAAUUCUUUGCAAACAAUUGAUCCAGCGAAAUGAGCAGCAUUGAUGCCAAAUGGCCUGAAACGCCGUCUGUCACAAGCAAAUGGCACACUUUCACAGAUUGGCAGAAUCCUUUGGAAACAUCUAGCCGAUUUUUUGAAAACCAACCCCAAAAUUUGCAGUCAUUUGUGCGAAAAAGCGUCAAAAGCCACGUUUCUUAGGCCGAAGAGCUCCAAAAUGAUAGUAACGAAAGAAAAGGAAAGACGAAAAGGAAAGAGCGAGGAGAAGGAAAGGAGGAGAAGAUAAAAAAUUAGUUGAAGACAUUUGUAAAAUUACACAAAGUAAGUAAAAUUGUCAAACACUACAAUAUGAAAUACACUUUAUAUUAUGCUCAUGCAAAAUUGAAAUCAGGGAAAGGAAAAAGAUUGCAAGGAAACACAGGUAUAGUUCAUUUGAGUAUUGCAAGAUGGAACCUCUUAAGAAGAAACAUUUAGUAACAAGGAGAAAAGAAAACAGGCAGAUCGGGGUAUAGAUUUUUGCAUUGAACAGUAUAAAAAUAAAAUAAGAAAAGGUCUCUGUUAUAUAUGUUGUGUUUGUAAUCGAUUACUUUAUAAGAGAUCAGUUCACAUUUUUGGCAAAAGUAAAUAUUCGGGUCAAAAGUUUUUCAGUGUAAAGUCUUCAUUUGAUGGAAAACAGUAUGUUUGUAAAACAUGUCACUUAAUACAGACAUUUUCUAUCAACACGUCCUCAGUGCCACUAUUAACAGAGUUCGACUCUAUUACCAACAUCCAAUAAAAACAACCCCAUGUAGAAACCCAGCAACUACCUCUCAAACUACACCCAUUAUCUUAGCAAUCAACUUCGAAUAUAACUCCACGCCUACUACUUCACCCAUCUCAACUAAUCCCCCAAAUAUACAAUACCACUGCACUACCUACGUAUCCCUCAUACUCCCAACAAACUUCACCUACGCGUAGUACAACCACACCCAAAUAAACGCUCCCACAGCGUCUUGUUUUUCUUUGCAAAGUUGCUGCACGAGAAACCCAAGCACCCCAGCCACGAUAAACGAGGGUGUAAGCUGUAUAAUGUAGCAUAACGUCUUGGUUUGCAAUCGCGCUAGCUGAGAUAAGAACUAGACGGAUUUGAAGAGAAAAAGUGGGAAUGCAAGCAGUCUAUAAUCUAUACAAAACUUAAUUUUGAUCGCACGUGCAUCAAUGUACUAAGAAUGCGUUAUAAUAUGAGGUCGUAGAAACUGUAGAAACGCCCCUUAGAGGCCAAACAUUAGCACAGUAGGUGUGACAUGAAAAAUCCUUAACCGCUGUCGUCUAUUUUUUUUACGAAAUAUGACAAAUGUUGCAGCAUAUAUAGUUUGUGCCUAAUGAAUUUUUAUGAAUGCAUUAAUUUCUGUAAUACUUUUAUUCCACAAUUUUUAUUGCUCCAGUAUUCUAACUGUAAGGAGGCAAAAAGCAAGAUUCGACAGAAAAAUUUUCAAAAUUUCAUUUAGUAAAAUACUACAAAAUAAGUCUACCCCAGGAUUUUGUCCAAAGAAUCAAAAGUUGGAACCACCUUACUAGAAUCCACUCAUUUACUUUAGCCGAGAGAUCAAAAAAUAUUAAUAUUGGAAUUUUGAAAUACUCUAACUUUAAUUAAAGGUAGCGAUUUGUUCCGGUGCAAGAAUAUAAAUAUUGUUACACAAGUAACAAAAUAUGGUUCACAAAUAACUCUUCUUUGCAACUUAGAAUACGAAACAUAAGUUCUAGUUAGACUUCCCUUAAAAAGCUGUCCCUUAAUGCUUGGUAGGAGUCUUUAGCAAUCUAACAAAGACGGCUUAAUCCAACCCCUCCCCCCCCCCCCCCCCCCACCAUAAGAAAGAACGAAAAAGGGUCCCAAAAACUUAGGCUAGAUGUAAAAAUAAAAAUCUCGCAGUUCAUCAAACGUACAUUAAACCAAGAGCCAUAUCCCAUUAUGGCCUUUGUUUAAACUUGGCAGAAAACCCCAGUGACGCAAGUUGCAGCCCCUGCUUUAAUUCAUCUCGAAUUAAAAUAAAACUAUUUGAGUCAGUAAUCAAUUGCAUGAAUUACAUACUUCUCAUAUAAGAAUAUUUUUUUUUGUUACAUUGACUAAGUUUUUGUACUGUUCUGUGCGUUACCAUUACUUUGCAAGUGGUCCCUAAUUUACAGUUAGGUAACAUUUUCUUGAGUUUUUAAUAAGUAAUUAAGCAAAAAAUCCGUUUUGUGAUGGCAAAAGUCUAAUUAUUAUGCUCAGUUAGCUUUAGGUCGCAGAAUCAAUUGACAGUCGAAAGUUUCAUUUGAUUCUCUGUCACAUGACGUCGAGGGAAAUUUGUAAAAAUUGAAGCAAAAUACUUGAAAGCUAAGGUGGGACCUACUUUCACUAUUCGAAGUUUAAUAUAUCAAUAAUACGCUGCUAACUUACUAAUAACCUUUCUGAAAUCUAUUAAAGGACUUUAAAUAAUAAGAGUUUGAAAACUCUGAGAGUGUUGCUCACUGUCGGCGCUAUUUGCCAGAAAUACUUGUACUCGGGUGCAUAGUACAGUACCACGAAAAGAAGCUCAUUAAUUUCGGAAAAUGAACUGAGAAGAAAUCUUCAACAACCUGUUCUAUACAUUUUUGCCUAUGUUUCCAUCAGGUGGUAAAUGGUCGAAAUGAAAUCACACAGAUGAAACAUAAAACCCCUCGGACGGCGUCUGACCGUGGUGGAAGUAAAGGUUUUCACUCAUGUCUCAAUACAUGUAAGACUGUUAAGAGAUAUAAUGUCUAAAAACUGUUUUCUACUCUGCACCCCUGAUCCAACUUAAAUCUGCUGACUCCAACAAUCAACCCAUGUCAACGUUUUAAAAACGCCUCAGACAUUAGACAGUGGUGGAAGUAGAGGUUUUCACUAUAGUCCUGUGUGCUCAAACCCUGGACGAUGCUCAAUACAUGCAAGACUGUUAAGAAAUAAAAUAUAUUAGUAUAUACUAAAACAGUGGAUAGUGUUUUUCGCGCGCUCUGAUUGGCUACUCAAUCAGUGAAUAUCCUGCAGUAUUCACUGAUUCACCUCCAGUUCCUCCGAGCGAGCGACGCCAAACUCGCGUAAGUUGCGAGCAAAAUGCCUUCCCGGUUUGCUGUCGUAACAAACAAAGAAAUUUCACGACUAAUUAAGCAAGCUGUUCCCGAAAUACACUAAGGUGACGAUGUUCGGUUUUGAAGUUUUAACAGGUAAAGCUUAUUUGUCUUUUUGACUCAAAUUUAUCUAUAAAACCGGUGGAAAAGUUUUUUGUUUACAAAUGCAAAUUAAGCUUAAUUCUUGCGUUACUUUAUUUAGUUGACUUGGUCAUAAAUAAGCUUAAAACUAAAUUUAAUAAUCUUAUUUUACAGAAUGAUUUUAAAUACAAAAGAAAUUUCCCCGCAAGAGCUAGACAAAUGCCCUCAAAGGUUUUAUUUGCCGGCAAGAAAAAGCGACGGCCGCGGCCGUUCGGUCAUUAUGCGCAAAAAUUGUAAUCGUUGGCAACAGCAUUUGAGUUAAAAAUCAUCAUUUUUGUGCUCAAUUAUCUCACUGUUUUAGUAUAUACUAAAACAAUUAUUCACCUCAGGGUCGGUGGCUAGUGGUGUAUGCUUCGCAGCUCGGUAAAUACUUUCUACGACUACCCACCUUCACUUCGGUGAAUAAUUGUUAUCUAACACUGUUUUAAUUAUGCACACAUGAAAAUCCAACUUCAAUCUGCUGACUCAAAGAGUAAACCCAAGUCAACACGAAUGCCCCAGACAUUUGACAGUGGUGUGAAAGUAGAGGUUUCCGUAUGCUCAAUACAAGCAAGACUGUUAAGAGAUAUAAUUUCUAAAAGCUGAAUUCUAUUUGCACCCAUGAAAGUCCACGAAAAUCCAACUUCGAUGAUUCAAAGAAUCAACCCAAGUCAAUGCAAGUUUGGCUAACCUGAAGUCUUAAUAAUCCGGGGCUAUGAUAACAUACUCUUGUAUUUUCACUAUUUCCCUCAGUGAUGCUGGUCUUCAAGGUCGGUGGACUCGAUUGAUAUCAAUCCAUACAUUCUAAGAGCUUGCUCAUAACAUGGUGGCGGGUCCUUUUCAUCAUCCGAGUUAUCAAUGUCUUCCGUCCAAAAUCCUCGCUGUCCUAAGUGUGGAGAAACUUUCGGAACAUUUGAAAUCGCCAUAAAAUAGUCAGGCAAAUCUGCACAACAAGCUUCAGCACAUACCGGACGAUGAGGAAUAUGAUUGUACGGAAGGACUGGGGCUGGAGAUUUUUCCAAAUCUUCCAUGGGAAUCUCGGAGACAACUACGUCUACUGAGUUGCUUUCAGGCCUGUGUCUUUUGUUGCAAGCUAUUGCUGCAGCUCCAAUGACAACAAAAAAUAAGAUGAAGACACCUCCACAAAUCUUUCCAACCAAUGAGAUAGUUGAUUGGCUACAAUCAUCUGUCUCUUCCGAAUUGCAAGCAACGGAAAGUUUCAUCAAAGCAAGCAAAACUGAAAGCACUACAAUACACAUGGAGGCUACUACAAAAGCUGCAACGCAAGCUUUACCUCUUAAAAGAGUCGACCAGUUUGAUACUCUUGGUCCUUCAGUGGUAUCAUCAGCCAUUAUUCAAAACAUCACUCAAGCGUCUGAAGAAAUGCGAGAUAAGAAAAUUUGGUUCCAUAUCGUGCCGCUCGCCAUGCACAUUUUCAACCAAGAGAUGUUUGCAAGUACAAUUAAGGCAAUGGUCACGAUAAAGCCCCAGUAUAUCAGGUUUUUAGAUAGAUUGAAAACAAUAGGCUCAACGAGGUAGAACCAUAAAUGGCUGACCGAAAAGAAAUUGGAAGGAGUUUUUACUUCUCAGUCUGUGGAUCAAAUCCUAUUGUGUGACCAUUCAAAUGAAACCGCUUUGGCAGUUCUUCACUGUACUACAUUUUGCUUUUCCAUACAACAAAAAACCAUUUUGUAUUUUAACAGUUAGUUUUCUGCACACUUGAAUAGAUCAGAAGACAAAGUUCAAAAGCCUAAAAUUAAAACAGAAUAACCUGAGAUCACCUGAUGUCGCAACAGUCCCCCUAGACGACCCGCGCGGCCGGUCUCCAGGGAGACUUCAGAUAACAUAAUAAGUUAGACAAGUUACCGAGUUGAUAAAGGUUAUAAACUCAAACAACUACCACGAAAAUAUUUUUAAUAGUUGACGUUUCGAGCACUAACCAUCCUCCGCAGCAAAUCUAGCCCCUGGUCGGUACUACUUUAGAAAAUACCGUAUAGGGAGAAGCAGUCUUGAUGGAACUUAGACAUGUUUUUCGUUCAAGUUGUAUUUUCUUAUGACUGUUUAUUUCAGGGAGCUAAUUAGCAUACUAAAAAUAUUUCGAGAACUUUUUAUGGCACGCUUUAAACCGGACAAACCGGUUUCUCUUGAAAAGGUCUUCGUAUUAUAUAAGAGGUCGAAUUUGGCCAGUUUUCUCUCUUUCGUUGGUAAUCGAACUGUCACAAAGUUCUCUUGCGUUUUGCUCGUAAAUAAAGUUCAAUUUGUAUUUAGAGAGUUGGGAAGCUCUCGCACUUUCACUAAGUCGAACCGGAACAGGUUAAAGGCCCAGAUUAUUGCCACCAAGGUAGUCCCCGAGCUGCAAUAGAGACCGGGAAUCAACUGCGUGCCUGAAUGCCUGCCGCCAUAUCUGCAUUUUGCUGUGCUGCCUGGCCUGGAGAUAUUUUCAAGAUGAGGCCGCUUCCAAAUCGAGAAACCAUAGCUGUUCUUCAUUUUGGUCGGAUGAUCUGACGGGGAAGGUUCAAGGUUUUUGGUUUGCGGAAGUUAGUUAUACUGAACGUGCUUCUGAUGUAAAAGAAAACUUUCCGAAGUUUCUUGCUCGAAAGGACAACGCGCUGGCAACGAUCCUCCUGUCAGUUGAAAAAACCGUUCAUUCUAUUUUUACUCGCCGGGCGAUAACACCAGUAGUAUAG